UAACCACUGGACCUCCAGAGAAGUCCCUAGCUCGCUCUAAAACGAGAAUUUGCUUCCUUUUAACGUGGCCAAGAAGCGCUGGGCCCCGCGGUGAGGCCCCACAGGUCUCUCGGGCUAACAAGCGGGAAGCCAAAGAAAGAUCUUAACCGCCCAGAACGGAAGUUCCUGAGCCUUCACACCCGCGGGGAAGUAACCCGGACACGGACCAAGAUGGCGGCGCCCAGUGAGGGGACGGCCUUUGCUGCGGGGGUCGAAAAGAAUUGGAGUGCGGUUGUUCGCUCUCCAGAAGGGACUCCCCAAAAAGUCCGGCAGCUGAUAGAUGAGGGAAUUGCCCCAGAAGAGGGAGGCGCCGAAGCGAAGGACACAUCUGCCACAUUCCAGUCAGUUAAUGGAUCACCCCAAGCAGAAGAACCGCCGUUGGAAUCUACAAGCAAAGAAGCCUUCUUUAGCAGAGUGGAAACAUAUUCUUCUCUGAAAUGGGCAGGCAAGCCCUCUGAGCUGUCUCCACUGGUCUGUGCAAAAUACGGCUGGAUCACAGUUGAGUGUGAUAUGCUGAAGUGCUCCAGCUGUCAGGCUUUCCUCUGUGCCACUUUACAACCAGCUUUUGAUUUUGACAGAUAUAAGGAACGAUGUGCUGAGCUGAAGAAAGCCUUAUGUACUGCCCAUGAGAAGUUCUGUUUCUGGCCAGACAGCCCCUCUCCAGAUCGAUUUGGGAUGUUGCCAUUGGAUGAGCCCACUGUUCUUGUUAAUGAAUUCCUAGAUCGUUUUCAAAGCCUUUGUCACUUGGACCUCCAGCUUCCUUCCUUGAGGCCAGAGGACUUAAAAACUAUGUGCUUGACAGAAGACAAGAUCAGUCUUCUCCUGCACCUGCUUGAAGAUGAACUGGAUCACCGGACUGAUGAGAGAAAAACUGCAACCAAAUUAGGCUCAGACAUCCAAGUGCAUGUCACUGCCUGUAUUCUCUCCGUGUGUGGCUGGGCGUGUAGUUCUUUGUUGGAACCCAUGCAGCUCUCCCUGAUAACUUGUUCACAGUGUAUGAGGAAGGUGGGGCUCUGGGGCUUCCAGCAGAUUGAGUCAUCCAUGACCGACCUGGACGCUUCCUUGGGCCUGACCAGCUCCCCUGUCCCGGGAUCUGAGGGCCGGCCAGAGCGCUCCCCUCUGGUGCCUGAGUCUCCUCGCAGGAUGGUGACUCGGAGCCAGGAUACCAUCUUUUCCCCAGGCUCAGAGCAGGCUGAAAAGAGCCCAGGUCCCAUCGUCUCCAGAACUCGGAGUGGGGACUCUUCCAGUCCUGUGGACCGUCCCGAGCCGGAGGCUGCUGGCCCCGCCACCAGAACCCGCCCAGUGACCCGCAGUAUGGGAACAGGAGACAGCGCCGGCCUGGAAGUGCCAUCUAGUCCUCUUCGAAAAGCCAAACGGGCUCGCCUCUGCUCUUCCAGCAGCUUGGAUGCCUCUUCCCGAAGCUUCUUUGAUCCCACGUCUCAGCAUAGAGACUGGUGCCCUUGGGUGAACAUCACACUGGGCAUAGAAACCAGGGAGAAUAGUGGUACGGAGGUGGAUGCCAGCACUCCGGCAGAGCCAGGCUGGAAGGCAGUGCUGAACAUCCUCUUGGCCCACAAACAAUCUAACCAGCCCGCUGAAACCGACUCCAUGAGUCUCUCUGAGAAAUCAAGAAAGGUAUUCCGAAUAUUCCGGCAGUGGGAAUCUCUGUGCUCAUCCUGAAGAUAUCCCAGCCCUUCCUGCAGAGAAGUGGAAUGAGUGGCUUUGAAAAAUAAAGCCUAAAUUCCUUUCUGAGCAGCUGAUGCUAAGGUUUUCUCCUUUCUGAUUUAAUCACAAGGAGCCCCUGCCCUUGCAAAGACUUGUGUGUCACCGCCUGCAUCUGACAAGAGGAGACUUAUUUGCAGCACAGGGAUGUGGGCAGGAGAGGCAGGGCGAGCCUGGCCCCGGUGAAGGAGUGCCUGAUUCCAAAACUCCAGAGAGGACCCCAGCCUUGAGCAGUUUUUGUGUCUGAGGUUGGGGCAGUGUUUUGGAGACUCUUAUGUCCCAGGAAUAUGUCAGUGUGUGUUAAUAAAGCAUUUGUUAAGAU